AUGUUCACGCACGCUUCCAAGUUCCUCCGUGCGUCGUCACUGCGUCGCACCUACUCGUCCUCCGUCACUGGCCAGCAAAAGGUAGCGGUCCUAGGAGCCGCUGGCGGCAUUGGCCAGCCCUUGUCGCUGCUGCUCAAAGAUUGCGACCACAUCAAGCACUUGAGUCUGUUUGACGUGGUGCACACGCCUGGAGUCGCUGCGGACAUUGGCCACAUCAACACGCACGCCACCGUGACCGGCCACGUCGGCAUGGAGCAAGUAGGGGACGCUCUGAAGGAUGCCGACGUGGUGGUCAUCCCGGCCGGCGUGCCCCGCAAGCCUGGCAUGACGCGCGACGAUCUGUUCAAUACGAACGCGGGCAUCGUGCAGUCUCUGGCUCAGGCUGCUGCCACACACUGUCCCAAGGCCAUGAUGCUGAUUAUUGCCAACCCAGUCAACUCGACGGUGCCGAUCGUGGCCGAGACGUUCAAGAAGGCCGGCGUGUACGACCCCAAGCGCCUCUUUGGCGUCACGACGCUGGACGUCGUUCGCGCUGCGACGUUCGUGGCCGAGCACCAGAAGUGGAACCCGCGCGACACAAAUGUGACGGUCAUUGGCGGCCACGCCGGGACCACGAUUCUGCCGCUACUGUCGCAGCUCGAGCACGCCAAGUUCUCGGACGAGGACAUUGGCAAGCUUACGCAUCGUAUCCAGUUUGGCGGGGACGAGGUCGUACAGGCCAAGAACGGCACGGGGUCGGCUACGCUCUCGAUGGCGUACGCUGGUGCACGCUUCACCACGCGCCUCCUGGAUGCCAUGAACGGUGCCAAAGACGUUGUCGAGUGCUCGUACACGCAGAACGACGUGACCAAGCUGCCGUUUUUCUCGGUUCCCGUGACGCUCGGUCCCAAUGGUGUGGAAGAGCUGCACCACUUUGGUAACCUCUCGACCGCGGAGCAGGCCAACUUUGACGAGAUGAUUGUGGCUCUCGAGGCUCAGAUCAAGAAGGGUGUGGAGUUUGCCAACCAGAAGUAA